CCAGGAACAUCUCGGUGUCCAUCAGUGGAUCUGCUGUAAUAAUGUCUGGAGAUUCAGUGACUCUAAACUGCAGCAGUGUCUCAAACCCUCCUGCAGAAAUUAACUGGUUUAAAGGAGAAACAUCUGUAGGAUCUGGAAGAAUCUUCAGCAUCUCCAAGAUCAGCUCUGAUGACAGUGGAGAAUACAAGUGUAGAGCCAAAAAUGAACAUGGAGUGAAAUACUCUGAUCCUGUGACUUUAGAUGUCCAGUACCCACCCAGGAACGUCUCAGUGUCCAUCCAUGGAUCUGCUGUAAUAAUGGCUGGAGAUUCAGUGACUCUGAACUGCAUCAGCGACUCAAACCCUCCUGCAGAAAUCAGCUGGUUUAAAGGAGAAACAUCUGUAGGAUCUGGAAGAAUCUUCAACACCUCCACAAUCAGCUCUGAUGACAGUGGAGAAUACAAGUGUAGAGCCAGAAAUAAACAUGGAGAGGAAUACUCUCUUCCUGUGACUUUAGAUGUGCAGUAUCCCCCCAGAAAUGUCUCAAUGUCCAUCAGUGGAUCUGCUGUAAUAAUGUCUGGAGACUCUGUGACUCUGAACUGCAGCAGUGACUCAAACCCUCCUGCAGAGAUCAGCUGGUUUAAAGAAGAAACAUCUGUAGGAUCUGGAAGAAUCUUCAACAUCUCCAAGAUCAGCUCUGAUGACAGUGGAGAAUACAAGUGUAGAGCCAGAAAUGAACAUGGAGAGGAAUACUCUGAUCCUGUGACUUUAGAUGUGCAGUACCCACAUAGGAAUGUAUCAGUGUCCGUCAGUGGAUCUGCUGUAAUAAAAGAGGGAGAUUCAGUGACUCUGAGCUGCAAUAGCGACUUAAACCCUCCUGCAGAAAUCAACUGGUUUAAAGGAGAAAUAUUUGUAGGAACUGGAAGAAACUUCAACAUCUCAAAUAUCAGCUCUGGUGACAGUGGAGAAUACAAGUGUAGAGUCAGAAAUGAACAUGGAGAGAAAUUCUCUGAUCCUGUGACUUUAGAUGUCCAGUAUCCUCCCAGGAACGUCUCAGUGUCAGUCACUGAUUCUGGUCAGCUUUGGUUUGAUUCAGUGAGUCUGAUGUGCAUCAGUGACGCAAACCCUCCUGCUCUGAAUUUCAGCUGGUUUAAGGAGAAUCAAAGCUCAGCUGUUGGAUCUGGACAGAGUUUCAGUGCAGUACAGAGUGGACGCUUCUACUGUGAGGCUCACAAUCCACAUGGAGCUCAGAGAUCAGACGCCGUCACUGUCACUGUUCAUCAAGGCGCUGGGAGAAACAUUACUGUGAUCAUAGUGACAUCUGCAGGAUUAAUAAUCAUCAUUAUUUUGUUUGCAAUGCUUUGUAAAUGGAAGAGCAGAAGAUCUGCAUUGAAAGAGUCUGCGAUCAACAAGAAGAGGCUGCAGUGAGAGGCGGAGCCAGAAUUAAAUAAUCCUGAGCGGUGUGGGCGGAGCCACAGGUGAUUGACAGCGAUCAUUGGUGAUGAGUCACUGAAUUGCUUCAUAGUCUUAAGGUGUUUAAUAUUUUCGGUGUUCUGUGUUCAUGUUUCUCCUCUAAGUGUUCUGUAUUAUUAGUGACAGUCUUAAGAUUAUUUAGGUUGUACUGCUACUGAUGUUUAUGUGGCUUUAUCUUGUGUUGAGCUUGAAGUUAAACGAAUGUGUUCUCUUGUUUUUUCUGUAAAGAGUGACAGUGAUUUAAACACCUCUGGUCAUGAUUUUAUUCUGAAUGGUGUUGUAAGGGUUCAUCUAUUAGUCCUAUGACCGAACUAACAGUAUGGGUGAAGGUUAAAUUUAAUCUGACUCCAAUCCUGAUCACCUUAUAGGUUGUGAUUUGCUCUAAUUUAGAUUGAUUAACCUAAUAAAUCCUUAUUUUCAGUUAAUGGUUCAUCGUUUACCUGAAGUCGCUUAGAGUCAGUAUGCUGGUCAGUUUCAUAUGCUCACGGACACAUCCUCGCUGUUUCUGGUUCUUAGAUAAAAGGAUAUAACUGUAAAUGAAUUUCCUUUAAGUAAUAAUUGGCCACCCUUUGCUUGCUCAUACUUAAAGAAAGUUUGAUUUAGCCACUAGAUCAUAUCAUACUAAGUCAGUGAUUGUCAGAAAUCAACAGGUCUCUAAUACUGUGCCUAUGCUCAAUCCAUUGAGUCGGAAUAUAUGACCAAUCCUGGUCGUAGGCUGCGGAAACAUCAGCCUAAACAAUCUACAUCUUCAGCAUCUCCAAGAUCAAUUUUUGAUUUAUAUGUCAGUCAAAGAUUUUCUAUUCCAAUUCACAUAAUUAAACAAAAUAAGCCAGUCAAGAUUGUACAACAUCAAUUACUCAAAGAUACAUUUAAGAGUUAGAGAUUGAUACCUGACCGUGUAGAAGAACGUUGCAGCAUAUAAGUCUUAACACACUGCAACGGGGUAUCCUGGCUACAGAAUCCCACAGACACUUCUGUACAUCUCACUUAAAUACUCAAAUCAUCAUAAAUUAAAGACAUUACAAGCUUCACCAAGACUCUUGCCUGCUCAUGAGUUGAUGUAAAGACCAUUUUCCCUGGAGUGGAGCAUCUGGCAAAGAUCUUAUCAAAGUCAAAACCCAAAUUAACUAAAAUAAGAGAGAUUGUAAAAUAUUACAGUGAAAUUAGGACCACUUUACCAAUCACACAGAGACAUUUAAAAGGACACCAAACAUGAAUAUAGAGCCACAAGAUACACUACAUUAAAAACGUAGACAUCCUGUGUGGAGCUGCUCUGGUGGAGAAGGUAAAGUCCAGGGCAAAGAGGGGGGCACAGAAUGCAUGAUCGAGACAACCUGAACAACUGGUUUCCUAGCUGAUCUUCUUCUUAGAUUAGAAAAAUUAUUGUUUUAGUGCUUGUCCAUUCUCAUGGUCUUGUCUCGUGUGGAGUUCUAUAACAGUUCUCAGAGUUUAAUAUUAUAGAGAGAUAUAGCCAUCCUUACAGUGUGUAAUGUGUAUCUCUGUAAUUUAUUGUAACCAGUAGUCAUUUUACCAUGCUAAUA